AUGGCAAAAAGUUUUAAGGAGCAGCUGUGUGAGCAAAUGCGAAACUACCCGCAUCAGUACGACCUGUCCUCAUCACAGCACAGUGACAAAUAUGCUAUGCAAAAUAGCUGCCGGCAGGCGGCACCAUCCAGCAGCGCGCGCAUAGUUUUCAAAUUGCGCCAUAUCCGGGUUGAAGGCGCGGGUGAGAUGGCGGCGCUGGAGCGGAGCUAUACGGAGAUUCAGGGCUUCCAGAGGGAGAGGGAGGCUUCAUUCCGUACUAUCAACGUUACUGUCGGUGUAAGUGCGCCCCCUGGCGGAGUGAAGCUGCCGGACAGCGCUGGCGGGUUCUCCUAUGAGGAAAGCGGGACGCUGCUGUCCAUCACCAGCAACAGGUUCAUCUACUGGUCUACGUCUGGAGACACAGUCCAGCUGGUGGAACAGUCUCUGGACACUAACCUCCUGAAUAAUGCGAUCAGACUGAAGUUCCUGCACUGCUCAGUUCUACCCAGAGGAGUCCAUAUACACGAAACCCUCAACAAUGUCAUCAUCCUCAUUGUCACCAACCUGUCUGUGCACAGGCUGGUUUUGCCACACCCCACACGCAUGUACCACAGCGAGCUGGUCACAGAGCUGCAGAUGCAGUCUGUGUUUACAGAUGUGGGGAAGCUGAGUGUUCAGGAUGAGUCUCACAGUUUCAUUCUUCCCCAGAGCCCCACAGCAUCUGCUGCUUGGAUUAGCCCGAAUGGACAUGCACACUUCGCCCUCUCCCCACCCACUGGGGGCAUCACUGUGGUUACCUUACCACCCCAUGACCAGCAGGGGUCUGCUUCUUUGCUAGAGCUGAAGCAGAGUUCAGUAAUGCAAAGAUUAGCUGGCUGGAUGCCUUCAGCAAUCAGGGGGGAGCAGAGUCCGUGUGACUUGGCGGUUAGCCUGGCUGCCUCGUCUCUGGAGGACGACACUUUUAUCUUCGCUCUGUGUCAAGAUCAUAAACUGAGAGUGUGGUCAUUCAAGGAGCAGCAGUGUGUGCUGGUGACGGAUCUGCUGGACUAUGUGCCUGUGGGCCGCAAUGAGUUGCGGUUUGUUCCUGGUCAGGCCCACCGGCUGCGUGUGUGUUUCUCUGGCUCUACAGGACUGUGUGUCUCCGUCUACCUUGCCAUACCCAAUCGGGGCCAAUUCUGUGUGCUGCAGCUGGUGGCUAGUGAAAACAGCCGCUACAGCCUGGAGCACAUCUCUACCAGCUUCAGUACACAGGAGACGCUGGUGGACUUUAUGUUGACUGCCACUGACAUUUGGGGUCUCUGGGUGGAUGACGAUAAUCAGGCCGUGGUGAAGUACAUUAACUUUGAGCAUAAUGCAGGGGGUCUGUGGAACCAGGUGUUUGUCCAGCCGCCUCCAGAGGAGGAAGUCAAUAUCGGUCCAGAGCAGGACCCCAGGGAGACGUACUUGGAUGUGCUGUUUUCUCCACUGCGCUUCACAGCUGAGGCCAUUGUGAAAGCUCUGCAGAUUUAUAAACGUGGUACAGAUCAGUUCGUAGACGUGACGUGGAACGAGCUGAAGAUGGAGGUCACACUGGCAGUGGAAAAUGAGCUACAGAGCAGUGUGACGGAGUUCGAGUUCUCUCAGGAGGAUUACCGGAUGCUGCAAAUGGAGUUUUGGAGUAAGUUUUACGCCUGCUGCCUGCAGUACCAGGAGGCACUGUCCACCCCUCUCGCCCUGCACAUCAACCAAGCCACCUCCAUGGUCUGCCUGCUCAAGAAGGGUUUUGUUUCGUUCCUGCUGCCCUGUUUUGCUGUGGAUCACCUGUACCUAUCUGCUGAUGAGUAUCUGACCUCGGAGGAGGAAACACCUGUGGCUGAAGGAGACCCUGAUCUGGGCAGUGAUAUCCUGAAGCUGGUGCAGUGUCUGCGGAUGGUGAGUGACUGUGUUCAGGGUGAGAUGGCGUUCGAGAUGGAGAAGGCGCUGGAGCUGCUGCUGUCUCCAGAGAGAGCUGCAGAACAGGUGCUGGAGAGCCUGCUCGCCAACGACAGUGAUAAUGUGAUUGAGGACAUUACCAAUAAAUUGCAGAAUGUGGGCAAUCCCCUGGCUGCCAUGGCUGCUCUGCUCAGAGAGCUGGAUCUGGAGACUGAUGUGGAGAUGGGGCCAGAGCCAACAGCUCCCCCUGCAGGUCAGUCUCUGAGUGUGCGGAUCAGUCUCUCCCAGCUCUAUGGCAGCAGUGUAGCGGUCAGUGUGAUUUGCCAGGCAGUGUGUCAGAUGGCGCUGACCAGGGCACUGCUGUGCAGAGACCUGCUCAUCCUCCAGCACCUCUACCUCCGUCUUGGAGACAAUAUGCUCCUUGCAGGCAGUGCCCAGUCUCUACAACUGCAACAAGAUCUGAUCCCCCGCUGCUCUCACCUGCUCUGUUGUUAUUACCUGCUGAAGCAGCUCAGCCAAACACUUGCCUCACCUGUGCCAGUCGAUACACUAGAUGCUAACCUGCAGCACCUUUCUGUGUUGGAGCUUUCGGACUCAGCAGCGCUGGCGCCCAACAGAUCAGUGUUGAAUCCUCAGACGGUGGUGGAGCUGUUUUAUCAGAAUGUGGGCCGUAAGGUCAUCAUCUCUCAGCUGUUUGGUCAGAGUGAUGCUCGUGCAGCACAGAGUCCGCUGCACUGGCCUCAGCUCAGCUCCAGUGUGCUCACAGUCCUGGGACAGCUGCUUUGGCCCAGUAACCCCAACUUCAUGUUCCCAGAGUGCAUGAUGGGAAAUUGUCAGUACACACAGCUGCAGGAGUAUGUGCGUCUGAUUCGUCCGUGGUGUCAGGCGAAUGUAGGCUCCUGCCGGUUUAUCCUGGGUCAGGCGUAUCUGGCGAGUGGAGAGGGGCAGAAGGCAUUGCAGUGUUUUCAGGAGGCGGCCCCAGAAGUGGAGAAGGAGGAGUUUUUGAUGAAACUGACUGGAUCAGAGGAGGAGGCGGGAUCUACAGCACCGCGCUUACUUUAUUACAACAAGGUUCUUCGACUGCUGGAAGAUGUUGGUUUGCCGGAGCUGGUGAUUCAGUUGGCUACGUUGGCCAUAUCAGAGGCGGUGAAUGAUGAGAGAAGUCAGGCUGCUCUGUGGACACGGAUUUUUAAGCACCAUCUGGACCUUGGGCACAACAAAGAGGCCUAUGAAGCCCUGACACAGAACCCGGACUCCAGCAGGCAGUUGGACUGUCUGCGACAGCUGGUGGUGGUUCUGUGUGAACGCGCUCAGCUUCAGGAUCUUGUCCAGUUUCCCUACGUCAACCUGCAUGAAGAGGUGGUCAGUAUUAUUGAGUCUCGUGCUCGGGCAGUGGACCUGAUGACCCAUAAUUACUAUGAGCUUCUGUACGCCUUCCACAUCAACCGCCACAACUACAGGAAAGCUGGUACAGUGAUGUUUGAGUAUGGUAUGCGUUUGGGACGUGAGGUGCGGACACUACGAGGUUUGCAGAAGCAGGUGAAUUGUUUCCUCGCCGCUCUGAACUGCCUCCGCCUCAUUCGUCCAGAAUACGCCUGGAUAGUCCAGCCCUCAUCCGGACCUGCUUCUGAUCGACCUGGAGCUUCACCCAAGCGGACUCAUGACGGAGAGCUGGCAGCAGCUCCAGUGAACCGGCAGAUAGAGAUUCUGGAGCUGAUUGAUCUGGAGAAAGAGUACAUCCUCUCUCGCUGCCGCCUCACUCUCGCCCAGCAACAUCCUCCGUCAGCCGCUAUAGCAGGCAGUGCCUCAGCAGUGGAGAUGGUGGCUCUUCUGGUCCAGGCUGGUCUCUUCGACACAGCGCUCUCUCUGUGCCAGACGUUCAAACUGCCCCUCACUGCUGUCUUUGAGGGUCUGACCUUUAAGUGUGUAAAGCUGCAGUAUGGAGGGGAGCAGAGUCAAAACGAAGCGUGGAACUGGUUAGCAGCCAAUCAGCUCCCAAGUCUCAUCACCACUAAAGAAUGCAGCGCUACAGACGAAGCCUGGAGACUGUUAGCUUCAUACCUGGAAAAGCAUCAAUCCCAGAAUGCUCAGUACCAUCGCUGUGUCAUCAAUAGGCUGCUGUCACACGGGGUGCCCGUACCUGACUGGCUGGUUAAUGCUUAUAAGGAGGUGGACGCUGCAGCUCUUCUGCGUCUGUAUCUGAACUACGAUCAGCUGGAGCCUGCAGCGGAGCUGGUUCUGGAAUAUGUGGAUGCUCUGCUGGGAAAGGGACACCAGUAUUUUGGAAUAGAGAUGCCACUCUCUGCUACAGCUCCGCUGGUCUGGUUGCCGUACACCUCGAUCGACCAGCUGCUCCACAGUCUGAGGGACAGCCAGGCCAACAGCAAGGUUUAUGAGAAGCUGAAUGUGAAGCUCACAGAUUACCACAGACUGGUGGAACAGAGCACUCAACACCGCCUGCAGGCCCACUGAACAUACCCUGUCUCAGCACAGUGCUUCACCUCUGUAGAUCCACACCUCCUCGCUGGACUUCAUUUUUCUAUUAAUAAGCAGUUUUGUUAACUAUUUUAUAUGCAAUAAAAUGUGGUUUGUAUUAAGAGCAA